UGCGCAGGUCAUCAUUUCUGCAAGAAAGAUCAUCGUUUUCCGGAGUCUACAACAGCCAACUGAUCAGACUUCCAAGCCGACAGAUAAUUUCGGAGAAAAUCCCUCCCUCCCGUCCAGCGUCGAUGGUCUAACGAUAAGAAGAAAAUCCAAGGCAUAUUUGGACUCUCCGGGUCAUCAUUUCGGCAAGAUCGAUCGUUGUCUUCCAGAGACUACAACAAACAACGGAGACUUACAAUCUGACAGUUAAUUUUGAAGAAAAUCCAUCCCUCCCGUCCAGAUAUCGUCUGGAGAAGAUAAAGAAAAAAUGGCAAAUGCGCCGGAGGAGAACAUUAUCAUAAGUUCCGGACGCGGUCAGGAUGAAGAUCAGUUAUCCAACUUUGCAGAAUUGUACAAAGCUGUGCGAGACGGUAAAUUGACUGAUACAGUACGCAUUCUUGAUCAGUCUCAAGACUUUGAUCAACCCGGUGAUAAGGCAUGUAAUAAGAUAAUCACAGAUAGAGACGAAACGGCUCUUCAUGUUGCUGUUUUAAAUGGACAUGAGCAUAUAGUGGAGGAGUUGAUGAAUCGAAUGUCGGAUGAGAGCUUGGCCAUGUAUGAUAGAGACGGUUACACAGCUCUAAUCACGGCUGCCGUGCUUGGAAAUAGGAAAAUGGUGGAGUGCAUGCUUACAAAAAAAUCUGAUUUGAUCAGAAUUAAAAGUAAUUCCAACGGAAAAAAUCUUCCAGUUGUUAUGGCUAUUGAUUUCGGGCAAAUAGAAAUGGCGCGCUAUUUGUAUGAUCUUACUCCAGAAGGAGAUUUAAUUCCACAGGAUAAUGAUCAGGAGAUUACUCCAGAUGAAGAUUUAAUUCCACAGGAGGAUAAUGAUCAGGAGAUUACUCCAGAUGAAGAUUUAAUUCCACAGGAUAAUGAUCAGGAGAUUCAUAAGGACCACAAUGGUGCUACGCUUCUUACCUGUGCUAUCUAUGCUGGGACUUUGGACGGAAUGCAUAUUGCUUUGGGAUUAAUCGAACGCUGCCCACGUUUGGCAUUGGCUAUUGACAAGUAUGACGAGUCGGGAAUCUUAGCAUUGGCCUCUAUGCGUCAGUCCUUGCCAAGUGGAAAUCAGCGCAUCUACUCCUCAAAUGUAGAACAUGGCCAAAGCAAUCAAGAAGAAAGUAACAGAUCAGAUUUAGAACAUGGCCAAAGCAAUCAAGAAGAAAGUAACAGAUCAAAUGUAGAACAUGGCCAAAGCAAUCAAGAAGAAAGUAACAGAUCAGAUCUAGAACAUGGCCAAAGCAAUCAAGAAGGAAUUAACAUAUCAGAGGUAGAACAUGGCCAAAGCAGUCAAGAAGAAAUUAACAUUUCAGAACAUGGCCAAAGCAAUCAAGAAGAAAUUAACAGAUCAGAUGUAGAACAUGGCCAAAGCAAUCAAGAAGAAAUUAACAGAUCAAAUGUAGAACAUGGCCAAAGCAAUCAUGAAGAAAUUAACAGAUCAGAUCUAGAACAUGGCCAAAGCAAUCAAGAAGGAAUUAACAUAUCAGGUAUAAUGCGCAUUCCAAUUUUGGCUCCUGCGAUUUGUAAAACUCGUUCGAAUAUUUCAGAGGUAGAACAUGGCCAAAGCAGUCAAGAAGAAAUUAACAUUUCAGAACAUGGCCAAAGCAAUCAAGAAGAAAUUAACAAAUCAGAUGUAGAACAUGGCCAAAGCAAUCAUGAAGAAAUUAACAGAUCAGGAAUCACGCAGUUGUACGAGAUGAAGAGGAUCCAUGACCAGUACGAUAAACUUCUUUCUAAAAUGUGUGAAGAGAUAUCAGAAUCACUUCAAUCAAACACUCAACAACUUAAGGAUGGCCUAGUUUAUACUGCCAUUUGCCAGGCUGCCGAGAACGGGAUUUCCGAGUUUGUUUCUAAGAUGCUUGAAACGGAUCGACAUUUUUUAUGGACCGAAGAUAGAAAUGGAAGGAACAUAUUUAUGCUCGGUGUCUUGCAUCGUCAAGAAAAAAUCUUUAGCAUUCUAUACCGGCUAGAUGGGAAGAUCAUGAACUCCUUGACAUGUUUACAAGAUCGCAAUAAAAAUAACAUGUUACAUAUGGCAGGGAUGAUGGAAGAUGCCAUCAGGCAGAUUAAUCAAAUCCCAGGGGCAGCUUUACAGAUGCAAAGAGAGUUACAAUGGUUCAAGGAGGUAGAGAGAAUUGUCCUUCCCAGGCAUAAGGAAACCAAAAAUGGGGAUGGUUUAACUCCCCGACAACUAUUUACGAAGAACCACGAGGACAUGAAGGAAAAGGGAGAGAAAUGGAUGAAAAAUACAGCAAGGUCAUGUACGGUGGUGGGUGCUCUCAUUGUUACUAUUAUGUUUGCAGCUAUCUUUACUCUUCCAGGUGAUAACAACCAAAGCAUGGGCUUGCCAAAGUCCUUGAACAAGUUUUGGCUCAACGUCCUCAUAAUAUUCGAUGCAUUGUCCCUUUUUUCUUCCUCAACUUCAGUCUUGAUGUUUUUGGGAAUUCUCACAUCACGUUAUUCAGAAGAGGAUUUUCUUGAGUAUUUGCCAAGACAGAUGAUAAUAGGCCUUUUGACUCUCUUUUGCUCUAUUGCGACCAUGAUGAUAACCUUUUCAAGUGCUCUUUUAAUCAUCCUACAAGAGCAAUUACGGAUUGCAAUUCCUCUCAUUUGUUUGGCUAGUGUUCCAGUCACGUUCUUCGUAUGGAUUCAGUUCCCAAUUCUUAAGGACAUGAUCAUUUCAACCUACGGACCAAGCAUCUUCACAGGCCGAAAAUGAAAAGUUAAUUAAUAUACUUGAUCCACUGUGUAAUUAUGGUACUGCGUGCUGUAGGAGAUCAUGUAUAUUUGUUGCAUGAAUUAUUGGCAUACAUAUUAGCCAAAACCGAAUAUUUGUUCCUUUUUGUUGGACCGAUAAGUACGACUGAUGGAUUUGAACA